GUCGACUUACCUAUUCCUAAUAUUAUUAAUUUUGCUCUUGACGGGUUCGGUACGAAGUUUAAUUGCUUACGGAAAAAAAUAAUAAAUUGAGAUUAUAAGUGAAAUAUUAUAUUAAUAAAACGCUUUGAAGAAGUGUAUGCUAAAACCGAAUUCGAUUCGAUAAAAUAUCGAAAAACAACUCAGAGGAAAGAUAUCAGUAUUUUUACAACGAGAGCAAAUUUUGAACGACCCAAUUUUUUGUAUUGACUUUUUACAAACCACUGCGAACGACCAUGGAGAAUUUCACUCCCAAGGAGGUAAAAAUCCUCGAAACCGUCGAGGACAUUCAAGAGCGACGUGAACAGGUUCUUUCACGCUACAAUGAGUUUAAAAUCGAAACACGCCAAAAGCGUGAGAAACUCGAAGACUCACGUCGUUUCCAAUACUUUAAGCGUGAUGCCGACGAAUUGGAAUCAUGGAUCAAUGAGAAACUACAGGCAGCUAGCGAGGAGAGCUAUCGCGAUCCCACCAAUCUCCAGGCUAAAAUUCAAAAACAUCAAGCCUUUGAGGCUGAGGUAUCGGCCCAUAGCAAUGCCAUUGUCUCCUUGGACAAUACCGGCCAGGAAAUGAUCAAUCAAAAUCAUUUCGCCUCGGAAACCAUACGCCGUCGUCUCGACGAACUGCAUCGUUUGUGGGAGUUAUUGUUGAGCCGUUUGGCCGAAAAGGGUCAGAAAUUGCAACAGGCUUUGGUGCUUGUGCAAUUCUUGCGCCAAUGCGAAGAGGUUAUGUUCUGGAUCAAAGACAAGGAGGCAUUUGUUACAGCCGAUGAAUUCGGUCAGGAUUUGGAACAUGUUGAGGUAUUGCAACGCAAAUUCGAUGAGUUCCAAAAGGAUAUGGCCUCCCAGGAAUACCGUGUGACGGAGGUCAAUCAAUUGGCCGAUAAAUUGAUUCAGGAUGCCCAUCCUGAUCGUGAUACGAUUACCAAACGCAAAGAUGACCUAAAUGAGGCUUGGCAGCGUUUGAAACAACUGGCCAUUGUACGCCAAGAGAAGCUAUUUGGGGCCCAUGAAAUCCAACGUUUCAAUCGUGAUGCCGAUGAGACUGUUGCCUGGAUUGCAGAGAAGGAUGUUGUCCUCUCUUCGGAUGAUUAUGGUCGUGACUUGGCCAGUGUCCAGGCAUUGCAACGUAAACACGAAGGUGUUGAACGUGAUUUGGCAGCUUUAGAGGAUAAGGUAUCCACAUUGGGUGCUGAAGCCCAACGUUUGUGUUCCAUCCACGCCGAUCACAGCGAUCAGAUCCGUGACAAACAAGCUGAAAUUGCCAAUUAUUGGCAAAGUUUAAAGGCCAAGGCUGGAGAACGUAAACAAAAAUUGGAUGAAUCCUAUUUCUUGCAUCGUUUCUUGGCCGAUUUCCGUGAUUUAGUGUCCUGGAUUAAUGGCAUGAAGGCCAUAAUUUCGGCCGAUGAACUGGCCAAGGAUGUGGCCGGCGCCGAAGCUCUUUUGGAACGUCAUCAGGAGCAUAAGGGUGAAAUUGAUGCACGUGAAGAUAGUUUCCGUUUGACCACCGAAUCGGGACAAAAACUUUUGGAACGUGAACAUUAUGCCGCUGCUGAAAUCCAAGAGAAAUUGGCUGCUUUGGAAAAUGACAAGAGCUCUUUGCUUUCGCUGUGGGAGGAGAGACGUAUCCUCUACGAGCAAUGCAUGGACUUGCAAUUGUUCUAUCGUGACACUGAACAGGCCGAUACCUGGAUGGCCAAACAAGAGGCUUUCUUGGCCAAUGAAGAUUUGGGCGAUUCUUUGGAUUCCGUCGAAGCCCUGAUCAAGAAACAUGAGGAUUUCGAAAAGAGUUUGGCUGCCCAAGAGGAGAAGAUCAAGGCCCUUGACAUUUUCGCCACCAAGCUCAUCGAUGGCCAACAUUAUGCUGCCGACGAUGUGGCUCAACGCCGUCAAAUGUUGUUGGCCCGUCGUUCUGCCCUCUUGGAGAAAUCCAACAGACGUCGUCAACUCUUGGAAGAUUCCAACCGUUAUCAACAAUUCGAACGUGAUUGCGACGAGACCAAGGGAUGGAUCAGUGAGAAAUUGAAGUUUGCCACUGAUGACAGCUACUUGGACCCCACCAAUUUGAAUGGCAAAAUGCAAAAACACCAAAACUUUGAACAUGAACUCAAUGCCAACAAGUCACGCAUUGAAGACAUCACCACUGUGGGCACUGAACUUAUCGAAAAGGAACAUUAUGCUGCCGAUCAAAUCAAUACCCGCAUGCAGGAAAUCGUUGUGUUGUGGGAAACCUUGGUCCAGGCCUCCGACAAGAAGGGUUGCAAGUUACACGAGGCUUGCCAACAACAACAAUUCAAUCGUACCAUUGAAGAUAUUGAACUUUGGUUGAGCGAAAUCGAGGGACAAUUGUUGUCCGAAGAUCAUGGCAAGGAUUUGACUUCAGUUCAAAAUCUGCAAAAGAAACAUGCCCUAUUGGAAGCCGAUGUCAUGGCCCACCAGGAUCGUAUUGAAAGCAUUAAGGUAGCUGCCAACAAGUUCAUUGAGUCGGGUCAUUUCGAUGCCGACAAUAUUCGCCAGAAGGAGAACAAUUUGUCCACCCGUUACGCCGCCUUGGCUGCUCCCAUGGCUGAGCGUAAGCAACACUUGACCGAUUCAUUGCAAGUGCAACAAUUGUUCCGUGAUUUGGAGGAUGAAGCUGCCUGGAUUAGAGAAAAGGAACCCAUUGCUGCAUCCACCAACCGUGGUCGCGAUUUGAUUGGUGUCCAAAAUCUCAUCAAGAAACAUCAAGCUGUUAUGGCUGAAAUCAACAACCAUGAACCCAGACUAUUGAAUGUCAUUAGCUCGGGCGAGAAUAUGUUGAAGGAUCAACCCUUCGCCAGCGAAGAUAUUCGCCAACGUGUCGAUGCCUUGCAGGAACAAUGGAACAACUUGAAGGAAAAGGCCAAUCAACGUAAACAGGACUUGGAUGACUCUUUGCAGGCCCAUCAAUACUUUGCCGAUGCCAAUGAGGCUGAGUCAUGGAUGCGUGAAAAGGAACCCAUUGCCACUGGCAAUGACUAUGGCAAGGAUGAGGACUCUUCGGAGGCUUUGUUGAAGAAACAUGAAGCUUUGGUGUCGGAUUUGGAGGCCUUUGGCAAUACCAUCCAAGGUUUGCAGGAGCAAGCCAAGAACUGUCGCCAACAGGAGACCCCCGUUGUGGACAUUACCGGCAAGGAAUGUGUUGUGGCCCUGUACGACUACACCGAGAAGAGCCCACGUGAGGUGUCCAUGAAGAAGGGUGAUGUCUUGACCCUUUUGAAUUCCAACAACAAGGACUGGUGGAAGGUGGAGGUUAAUGAUCGUCAAGGAUUUGUCCCAGCUGCCUAUAUUAAGAAAAUCGAAGCCGGCCUUAGUGCUAGCCAACAGAAUUUGGUUGACAACCACUCGAUUGCCAAGCGCCAAGCCCAAAUUAACUCUCAAUACGACAACUUGUUGACUCUGGCCCGCGAACGUCAAAAUAAAUUGAACGAAACCGUCAAGGCCUAUGUUUUGGUACGUGAAGCCGCCGAUUUGGCCAACUGGAUUAAGGACAAGGAAAAUCAUGCCCAAAUUGCUGAUGUUGUGGGUGAAGACUUGGAGGAGGUUGAGGUCUUGCAAAAGAAAUUCGAUGACUUCAAUGAUGACCUUAAGGCCAAUGAGGUUCGUUUGGCCAACAUGAAUGAAAUUGCCAUUCAAUUGACCUCCUUGGGUCAGACCGAGGCUGCCAUGAAGAUUCAAACCCAAAUGCAAGAUUUGAAUGAGAAAUGGAAUAAUUUGCAAACAUUGACUGCCGAAAAGGCCAGCCAAUUGGGUUCGGCCCAUGAAGUGCAACGUUUCCAUCGUGACAUUGAUGAGACCAAGGAUUGGAUUGCCGAAAAGGAGAAUGCCCUUAACAACGAUGAUUUGGGCAAGGAUUUGCGUAGCGUACAAACUUUGCAACGUAAACAUGAGGGUGUUGAACGUGACUUGGCUGCCUUGCGUGAUAAGAUUCGCCAACUGGAUGAGACUGCCAAUCGUUUGAUGCAAUCGCAUCCCGAUACCGCUGAACAAACCUAUGCCAAGCAAAAGGAGAUCAACGAAAUGUGGGAUCAAAUUAUUACCAAGGCAACGGCUCGCAAAGAGAAACUAUUGGAUUCUUAUGAUUUGCAACGUUUCCUUAGUGAUUAUCGUGAUCUCUUGGCCUGGAUUAAUUCCAUGAUGAGUUUGGUUACCUCCGAUGAGUUGGCCAAUGAUGUGACCGGAGCUGAAGCCCUUAUUGAAAGACAUCAGGCUCAUCGUUCCGAAAUCGAAUACAUGUUUGGAAAUAGUAGCGCCAAAAGCUUCUUCCAUCCAACACCAAAAGAAGAGGAACAUCGUACCGAAAUCGAUGCCAGAGCUGGUACCUUCGCUGCCUUCGAACAAUUUGGCACUGAGCUGUUGCAAGCCAACCACUAUGCCUCGCCCGAAAUUAAGGAGAAAAUCGAAGAUUUGGCCAAGACCCGCGAAGAAUUGGAAAAGGCCUGGACCGAACGUCGUUUGCAAUUGGAACAAAACCUUGAUUUGCAAUUGUACAUGCGUGACUGCGAAUUGGCCGAAGCUUGGAUGUCGGCGCGUGAAGCCUUCCUCAAUGCCGAUGAUGUUGAUGACAGAGGUGACAAUGUUGAGGCUUUAAUCAAGAAACACGAAGAUUUCGACAAGGCCAUUAAUGGUCAUGAGGAGAAGAUUGCCGCCUUGCAAGUCUUAGCCGACACCUUGAUCAAUCAAAAUCAUUAUGCCUCUGACUUAAUUGAUGACAAGCGCAAGCAAGUCUUGGAACGCUGGCGUCAUUUGAAGGAUGGCCUUAUCACCAAACGUUCCCGUUUGGGAGAUGAACAGACGCUACAACAAUUCUCUCGUGAUGCUGACGAAAUCGAAAACUGGAUUGCCGAGAAAUUGCAAUUGGCCACCGAGGAGAGUUACAAGGAUCCGGCCAACAUUCAAUCCAAACACCAGAAACAUCAAGCCUUUGAAGCCGAAUUGGCUGCCAAUGCUGAUCGUAUCCAAAGCGUCUUGGCCAUGGGUGAGAAUUUGAUUGACAAGAAACAAUGUUCCGGUUCUGAAGAUGCUGUUCAAAAGAGACUUACCCAAAUUGCCGACCAAUGGGAAUACCUGACCCACAAGACCACGGAGAAAUCGUUGAAACUGAAGGAGGCCAACAAGCAACGUACCUACAUUGCUGCCGUCAAGGAUUUGGACUUCUGGUUGGGUGAAGUUGAAUCUUUGUUGACCACCGAGGAUGCCGGCAAGGACUUGGCUUCCGUACAAAAUCUCAUGAAGAAACAUCAAUUGGUUGAGGCCGAUAUUGUGGCCCAUGAAGAUCGCAUCAAGGACAUGAACAAACAAGCCGAUUCCUUGGUUGAAAGUGGCCAAUUCGACAGUGCCGGCAUUCAAGAGAAACGCCAGAGCAUCAAUGAACGUUACGAACGCAUUUGCAACUUGGCUGCCCAUCGCCAAGCCCGACUCAAUGAGGCCUUGACUUUGCAUCAAUUCUUCCGUGACAUUGCCGAUGAGGAAAGUUGGAUCAAGGAAAAGAAAUUGUUGGUUGGUUCUGAUGACUAUGGCCGUGAUUUGACCGGUGUCCAAAACUUGAAGAAGAAACAUAAGCGUCUUGAGGCUGAAUUGGCUUCGCAUGAACCAGCCAUUCAAGCUGUUCAAGAGGCCGGUGAGAAAUUAAUGGAUGUUUCCAAUUUGGGUGUACCCGAAAUUGAACAACGUCUCAAGGCCUUGAAUCAAGCUUGGGCUGAAUUGAAGAAUUUGGCUGCCACUCGUGGCCAGAAAUUGGAUGAAUCCCUGACCUAUCAACAGUUCUUGGCCCAAGUAGAGGAGGAAGAGGCCUGGAUUACCGAGAAACAACAAUUGUUGUCCGUUGACGAUUACGGCGAUUCCAUGGCUGCUGUACAGGGUCUGUUGAAGAAACACGAUGCCUUUGAGACUGACUUUGCUGCCCACAAGGAUCGUUGUGCCUUGAUCUGUGAACAGGGCAGUGAUUUGGUUGAGGCCAAGAAUCAUCAUGGCGAUUCCAUUAGCCAACGUUGCCAACAACUGCGCAACAAAUUGGACAAUUUGAAUGCCUUGGCUGCCAGACGCAAGGGUUCGUUGUUGGACAAUUCCGCCUAUUUGCAGUUCAUGUGGAAGGCUGAUGUUGUGGAAUCCUGGAUUGCCGAUAAGGAGAACUAUGUGCGUUCCGAUGAGUAUGGACGUGAUCUUUCGACUGUGCAAACAUUGCUGACCAAACAGGAGACAUUCGAUGCUGGUCUUAAUGCUUUCGAACAAGAAGGUAUACAUAACAUUACCGCUUUGAAGGAUCAACUUAUCAAUGCCAAUCAUGCCCAAUCCCCGGCCAUUUUGAAACGUCACGAAGAUGUGAUUUCACGCUGGCAGAAAUUGCGUGAUGCCUCCGAGACCCGUAAGCAACGCCUCUUGGCCAUGCAGGAGCAAUUCCGUCAAAUCGAAGAACUCUACUUGACAUUCGCCAAGAAGGCCUCGGCCUUUAAUUCUUGGUUCGAAAAUGCCGAAGAAGAUCUUACCGAUCCUGUUCGUUGCAAUUCGAUCGAAGAAAUUCGCGCGUUACGCGAGGCCCAUGCCCAAUUCCAGGCAUCAUUAUCAUCAGCCGAGGCUGAUUUUAAGGCCCUGGCAGCUCUUGACCAAAAGAUAAAGAGCUUCAAUGUUGGACCCAACCCAUAUACCUGGUUCACCAUGGAAGCUCUUGAGGAGACCUGGCGUAAUUUGCAAAAGAUCAUAGAGGAACGAGAUGGCGAAUUGGCCAAGGAGGCCAAGCGCCAGGAAGAGAACGACAAAUUACGCAAAGAGUUCGCUAAACAUGCCAAUCUAUUCCAUCAGUGGCUAACCGAGACUAGGUAUUAUAUGCUGGGUUAUAAUGGUCAAGGAACAUCGAUGAUGGAAGGUUCCGGUUCUUUGGAACAACAACUGGAAGCACUUCGCGUCAAAGCCACAGAGGUACGUGCCCGUCGUGUUGAUCUAAAGAAAAUCGAAGAACUUGGCGCCCUACUCGAAGAACAUUUGAUCUUGGACAAUCGCUAUACGGAACAUUCAACGGUCGGUUUGGCCCAACAAUGGGAUCAGCUGGAUCAACUGUCGAUGAGAAUGCAACACAAUUUGGAACAACAAAUCCAGGCACGCAAUCAUUCGGGUGUCUCGGAAGAUUCCCUCAAGGAAUUCUCCAUGAUGUUCAAACAUUUCGACAAGGAUAAGAGCGGCAAAUUAAAUCAACAAGAAUUCAAAUCCUGCUUACGUGCUCUCGGCUAUGAUCUGCCCAUGGUUGAGGAGGGACAACCCGAUCCCGAGUUUGAGGCCAUACUUGAUAUUGUCGAUCCCAACCGCGAUGGCUAUGUUUCACUGCAGGAGUAUAUUGCAUUUAUGAUUUCCAAGGAAACCGAGAAUGUGCAAUCCUACGAAGAAAUCGAAAAUGCUUUCCGCGCCAUUACUGCCUCCGAUCGUCCCUAUGUUACCAAGGAAGAAUUAUAUUGCAAUCUUACCAAGGACAUGGCGGACUAUUGUGUGCAACGAAUGAAACCAUAUAUCGAACCCCGCUCUGGACAACCCAUUAAAGAUGCUUUAGACUAUGUUGAGUUCACACGAACUCUUUUCCAAAAUUAAAUUUGCUUUUAUAUAUUUUUUUCUACAUACAAUUUAUCUUAUAAUUUCACUUAAAAAACCCAACCAAUCAAUAUUAAAAAAUAUAUAUGGCUUAUAUUUAAUUUAUGCUCUUACAAAAAACAAGCACCAUUUUAUUUAUUGUAAUCCCCACCACACAGGCAAUGCGCAUAGAAAUUUUUACCAGCUUAGAUAAUGAACCGAUCGAAGCAAAAUCAUUCAAUUAUGAAAAUCAUAUCUCUAGUAUUACAUGUUUUUUCUUAUGAUGAUAAAUAUCUAUUCAAUGUUUACUUUUUUUAAAACUCUCUGAAUGAUCGCAUGCAUAAUCUUCCGUAAUAAGAAUCGUAUUCUACUACUACUACUUGCUAUCAAUUGCAAUUAUCAUUAAUUAAACCAAGAGACAGCAUUCAAAAUUUGCCUAAGAAUAUAUAACAGAAAA